CGCCGCCAUGGGCCGCAACAAGAAAAAGAAGAAGCGGGAUGGCGGUGACCGGCGGCCGCGGCUCGUUCUCAACUUCGACGAGGAGAAGCGGCGGGACUAUCUCACAGGCUUCCACAAGCGCAAGGUGGAGAGGAAGAAAGCGGCCAUCGAGGAGAUCAAGCAGCGGCUGAAGCUGGAGCAAAAGAAGCUUCGGGAAGAGCGCCACCAGGAGUAUUUGAAGAUGCUGGCGGAGAGAGAGGAGGCACUGGAGGAAGCAGAUGAACUGGACCGUCUGGUGACAGCCAAGACCGAGUCGAUACAGUACGACCACCCCAACCACACGGUCACCGUCACCACCAUCAGUGACCUGGACCUGUCGGGAGCGCGGCUGCUGGGGCUGCCUGUGUCCGAGCAGGUGGCCGGGCAGGGUUCGGAGGAAGAGGCACCCACCGCAGAGACACUGAGCAAACCCUUACCCCGAAAAUCCAAGGAUCCCCUGCUGUCCCAGCGGAUCUCUUCUCUCACGGCCUCACUGCACGCACACAGCCGCCGAAAGGUCAAGAGAAAACGGACCCACCGGGCCCAGGACCCCAAGAAACCACCCAGUGCCACGAGGACCAGCAAGACGCAGCGCCGCCGGCUGACGGGUCGAGCCCGGCAUAGUGGGGAGUGAGCCCUGAGCACCCGUGACCCGGCCCCCACUUGCCCCAAGACCAUUCGGGCCACCCCUGGGCCCUGUUCAGCCACCUUCUGGUCCCUUGGGGACAGCCUGCUGUCCCAUUACCCCAGGAGUGAGAAUGGGAGAAGAAAGGGAUUGGGGGCCCUUACCUUAAACUGUGA